AUGGCAGCGAAAUCCGAUGGUCGUGGGGUCGUCACCGGUUUCGCCCAGCUGCACAACCUGGACGAGGUGGUGGGGACGGGGGAGGACGACAAUCGGAACAGCAGCUCAUUCCACAUCUGCCACUGCUGCAACACCUCGUCGUGCUACUGGGGCUGCCGGAGCGCUUGCCUUCAUUACCUCCGGGGGAAGGGGAAGGGGAGAGAUGCGGCGCGUCCACCGCAGGAGGAGCGCCUCUGGCUGGACUGCCUGUGGAUCAUUCUGGCACUGCUGGUCUUUUUCUGGGACGUGGGGACCGAUUUGUGGCUGGCCAUCGACUAUUACCACAAGCAGGAAUUCCUGUGGUCAGGCCUGACCCUGUUCUUCGUGCUGGUGCCCUCGGUUCUGGUCCAGAUCCUGAGCUUCAGGUGGUUUGUGCAGGAUUACACUGGGGGCGGACUGGGCUCUGUGGAGGGGCUGAGUAGCCGUAGAGCUACAGCCAGUCUGCAAAGAGACAGGUGCUGCCGCCUCUCUGUCUGGGUCUGGCAGACCGUCAUACACAUCUUUCAGUUGGGACAAGUGUGGAGGUACAUCCGCACCAUGUACCUAGGUAUACAAAGUCACCGGCAGAAGGAGAACCAGCGGUGUUUUUACUGGGCUAUGAUGUACGAGUAUGCUGAUGUCAACAUGCUGCGACUGCUGGAGACCUUCUUAGAAAGCGCCCCUCAGCUGGUGCUGCAGCUCUGCAUCAUGAUCCAGAGCAACAAGGCUGAGUGGCUGCAGUGUCUUUCUGCCAUGUCCUCCCUCCUGUCCCUGGCCUGGGUGCUAGCCUCUUACAACAAACUCCUGCGUGAUUCACGUGACGACAAGAAGAGCAUGAGUUACAGAGGUGCCCUGGUGCAUCUGUUCUGGCGCCUUUUUACCAUCUCCUCACGGGUGAUCUCCCUUGCUCUAUUUGCCUCGGUUUUCCACAUCUACUUUGGCAUUUUUGUGGUGCUCCAUUGGUGUGCCAUGGCUUUCUGGGUCAUCCAUGGCGGCACCGACUUCUGCAUGUCCAAGUGGGAGGAGGUACUGUUCAACAUGGUGGUGGGUGUGGUCUAUGUCUUCUGUUGGUUCAAUGUACGUGAGGGCAGGACUCGGUACAGAAUGGUGGCCUAUUACACAGUAGUACUGUUAGAGAAUGCCAUCCUAAGCCUCCUUUGGUAUGCGUACCGUGACCCAGUCACCACUGACGCCUAUGCCUCUUUUGCCCUCUGUGGUGUCUUCCUGUGCUUUGCUUCAGGUGUGGCCUGUAUGGUUCUCUAUUAUGGGGUCCUACACCCAAUGGGCCCCCGGCUGAGGGUGCUGGCCAGCUCGUGCUGUGCUGAGCUUCUAUGGGGCCUUCCAUUACCCCCCGAGGCUGAGCCAAUGGCUCCCACACCAGGCCCCCGUGGCUCUCAGGCCACUCCCACACGGGGUCUGGCAGGGGAAGACGAGGAGUCAGAUGAAACACCCACGGACACCUGCCUUCCAGUUUUCCAGGUGAGGUCCACAGAGCCUGUGGAUGCAGCUGGCAGGCCCUUCCAGCCCGAGGGUCCUCUCAUUAAGAUAGACAUGCCCAGAAAACGCUACCCAGCCUGGGAUGCACACUUUGUGGAUCGGCGCCUGCGCAGGACCAUAAAUGUGCUGCAGUACAUUAGCCCUAAUGCGGUGGGCAUCAGGUAUAGGGACGGUCCACUUCUUUAUGAACUCCUGCAGUACGAAUCCUCCCUCUGAAGGUAUCUUCUCCCACAGCUCUGUCACCUCCUCUUACACACUAUAAUGCACAUGCAUUUCGUUUCUUUCACUCUGCUCUUCCUCCUCGUCAGAUAUUAUCUCUAUCCAUUUGCUCUCCCCUUCUCUCCUCUCUGAUCAUUAAAUUUUCCUGCAGGAGAUGUGUGUUAGUCAAUGUGUCAAGACAGUCUAAACACACUGCCAUGAUUUAUUUUUGAAAAAAAAAAAACAGUACAGAGAGAAAAUUAUGAACCUCCAGUAUCUGAUGUGAUAUAUACAGAAGUAUCAUAUAAAUCCCUCUACAUUGAUAGAGGAGGGUUCUGUAUGAGUGUGUAGAUAACAUAUGAAUGUUUCAUUAUGAAAUGUGUUUAAUGCAUUAUACUGUAUUGGUGAUUCAACCUGUGAAUACUUGUGAAGGGCAUAUUGUAUGUCCCUGUGACAUGGAACUGGCGCAAAGCCUGAUGGGAAUGAUGGAGGAGAGUCUCAGAGGGGACAGGUCUUUGCACAUCCCAACAUUUACUGCCAUUCUUUAUGUAAAUUAUUGAAAUGUAUGAUAAUGUUUACCAAGUCCUUAGCCCGUGAUUUAAAAAGCACUGAAAUUUCUAUCAUGAUACUGUAAAUUACAGAAAGGACACGAUCAAAGAUGUGUCCCAGAGAAGCACUUCAAAAUGGAUUUUCCCUCUGUGAGCUUACGUGGCUCAAGUGUAUCCUGGCUGUACUAUUUUUGUUCAAAAUCCUUAAUCAUAAUCGCAUCAUGUAUGGAAGAAAAAAGAAGCACACCGACCUUCAAUCAGUUACACCCACAUAUUCCAUUUUUACAGUGCAGACUGCCCUCCAGUGGAGGCAAGCUGUAACAGCAUGCCUUACUUACUCAUUUUUGCCCGUAGUUGUGACAGCACAAAAUCUUAGAAAAAACACAAUGAAAGGAAUGUAGAAUGUAGUUGAAAUGAGCACAACAUUUUUUUGGUGGGUAGAUCAUAACAAAAAACAUUCCAAAGACUUUUUUUUUAAAAGAUUGUAAGUGUGUAGUAAAGGGUAGAAGGGUAAAAAUGUGUGCUAACACAUUUUUGUUUGAAGUGCAAAGACAGCCUUCAAGGAAUCCUCCACCAUUCCCUUCUGAAUCCUAGAAAGUACUCCCUUAUACAAACUCCCUAUUUUGUUUUCUUAUCAACAAAUGUUUUAGGUUGAUUAAUAUAUGCUUAUUGGGUGCAAAGACUUGUAAUAAGUUCUUUAAAAAAAAAGAAAAAAAGAAAAGACAAAUCUGAGAAGAUAUUUCUAUGCUAUUAUACUUCAGUGCGUAUUUGUGUCCACAUUUAUAGUCAUUGACAUAACUAUAUUUUGCCAGAACACACUUUUUUACAUAACGGAAAAUGUUGUGCAGUGCAGUGUUAAAAGGUAUACUCCUCAACAUCAGUGUGCCCUCAAAGAGGUUAUUCUCUUAUAUGGGCGUACAGGUCAACUGUUCUGGCACCUGCUUGCGCAGUUGAAACAAAGCCAAAUCGCAUCUUACAGUACUGUCUUUCCAAUUUAUCUGCCCGUUGAACCAGUAGAAUCCUAGAGUCCUUGCAAAACAUGUGCCAUCUAUAGGCCUGCUGUGCAGCAAUUAUACAUUGCAUCUCCCAGCUGAAGCUGCGGGAGUUCUCCACAACGGAUACCCUUGGGACAACCACUGUAUUUACACAUGACAAAAAUGAAAUACAAUUUAAAAAACAUGCCUUCUAGGUCAAAGAAGUUUGACAAAAUUUGCAGAGAGGGCUACUGAACAAUUGAUGAAAAAAAUGAAUGCAUUUCAUAGUCCAAUUGAUACUCAAUGACUCAUUCGAAUAUAUAAUGUGUGUUUUCUACAUUUGUUGGCAUGACUUUAGUAUGAGGCAUUAGUACAAAUGCACCCAACACGGGAUGCCCAAGAGCCCUACACAAAGCAGAGAUCCCUUUCUCCUGGCUCACUGGCUUUCUGCUUAGCUGUGGCCCCAUGAGCCUGCUAACAUCGUACUGUAAAAGGCGGAUGCCAUGUAAGUCCAGGCCAAAGGUGAGAGGGGGUUUUUGCCAGGGUUGGAAAAGAACAUAAGGACAGAACGUGAUAAGGGGCCUAACUGAAGUAAGAUGUAUGACUCCUCGUAUGCUUGUGUGAGAAAGAUGGGUGUUUUAUUCUCAGCAUGUGCUGUACAACCUACAGUAUGUAUUAGGGGAUUUAAGUGUGCUUGCGUGGUGGAGUGUACACAUGCUUGUCUUGUGAGUCUUCUCAGCCCUUUCCCACAGUUCUGUCCUCUCGCCGAUUGUUCGGCUCCAUCCUCGGUUGCUGCUCUGCCCUCUUCCCCAUCUCUUCGGUGCUGGGCCUUGGUGCACUCCCAUGAAACACUCUCACACUCUCUGGUAACUGAACAACGGGGUUGAGGCUGAACAACUGGAGAUCCUGGCAUGAGAACAUGCAAUGAGGUACACUGCCAUAACCAAGAGCUUCAACAUCCAAGGUCUGCCACCCUUCAGCUUAAAAGCGAUGUUCAGCCCUGAGUAAUCAAGAACUGUUGGGUCAGCUAGGGUGGAGCAAACAUCCGUCACACAAUAUGUAUUGAUACACAUAAGUAUGCAAACAACCAACUUUCAACUUUUAUUUUCGUUCAACGUUCAUUGUUUACCAUAGUAGCCAGAGUAGUUCCUCUCUGUUGUAGUGAAUGAACAGCCAUGUUAAUAGCUAGCCAGUUAAUGUUAAACAAAAAAGAUAUUGUUAGACGAAAAAAUUAAUUAAGCAAAACAGCCAAUACAGUGGUUCCUCAGGACCAACAAACAAGACCACGAAACCAGCUGACUCAGGGGUGUCUCAAUGCAGUUCUCAUCCACCAGGCAUGUCCUCAAGGGUCUCCAUUUUUUCCUUACAAUAUUGCAUCCUGGACCACUCCUCGGCUGGGAUUGUAACACUAAAUUAUGGUUUGCACAUUUUUGUUUUCUUGGGAAUGAUUGCUCAGUCUUAUAAUUGACAGGGGGAGGGGCAGUUUUUUGUGGUAGUUGGCUGCCUGGCAUAUGGUGCAUCCUUUCUGCUGACCUUUUACAGACGUGGACACAUGUCCAAAUCAGGUGCAAAUACACUGUGAUUCAUUCAUUCAUUUGUGUGUGUGUGUGUGUGUGUGUGUGUGUGUGUGUGUGUGUGUGUGUGUGUGUGUGUGUGUGUGUGUGUGUGUGUUUGUGUGAAGCGACAGUAUUAUAUAGCACCAUAAAUAAGAUUAUGUAUCUAGUGGUGCUUAAUGUUGUAAAGUCGCAGACUAUUUAUGCUUGCUUAAUUGUGUCAUAACAAUAGUAGUAAUGACAGUUAAUUACACUAAUUGAUUUUAAUUAAGUCUAUAAAGAGUCUAUAUGUCUAUAUAAGUCUAGAUUUUUAUGAAACAUGCAGUAUAUUUUCUACAGAACAAUCAUAGUUUUGUCACAUUCUGUAAACUGGUGAAACGGAUUACCUAGAAGCUUAACAAGUGGGUUUUAGUUUAGUAUCUUUCUUGGUUUUCUUUAAAUAAUAAAACAGGUUUCAAGAGCUAAACUACUCAAGAGUGCAAUUGGAAGCCGUUACUAUACAAUGUAGUAUUCAGGCCGCCACAAUUUAUACCAUAAACAAGGUCACAAAGAAAUCCCCUACAGAGUAUUGUUUCUGUCAGGUUACCUGUCCAACUCCACAUCCCUCAACAGCCACAACACACAGCAAGAGCGUUUGAACAGCAAGCUUGUUCUUCUCAGUCCUUGUUGUGCCUUGUUACUUUGGGUGCUUAAAUCCAGCCAUGGCAGCCAAGUCCACAAACAACAAUGCCAAUGUCUUUCUUUACUUGUUGUGUACACGUGUCACCAAGAUGAUAACAACACCAAACGAUAUUCUCUCUGUCUGUCUCCCCAAACCAAAUCAAGCCAAGUUCUCAAUUCUGUCAGCUCACACCUCAUUUGACAACUCCAUUUAAUCUUACUGUUGCAUCCAAGAUUUCAUCCACAGGACUGCACCGUUUCCUCGUUACAGUGCUACAACUAAUCUUCACCGUGUGACAGAACCAAGUGGUGGGUAUGUGUCAAACCUAGUUAUAGGUUAUGUCAAAGACAUAGGAGAAAAAGUAAGGCAAUACUGAACAUCUUAUGUACUUGAACAUAGGAUUCUGCAUCUCUAUGACGUUGGAACAAGCUGAAACACAACAGCCCCAGUUGAUUCAGCGAGUUACAAUUAGAAGUUUGGACUGAGCUCAAAAGCGUUAGUUUUGGACUGUUGGAAGGAUACUCUAAGCAGAUGCCAGCCACGAUACCAAGCAAUUUGGUCAAUGAUUGUUUUGUACUUUUGUCUAUGCCUUUACAUCUUCUUCUGUCUUGCAAUGAUGAAUGAUUUGUGGUGCCAAGACGUAAAGUUUCUGUGUCGUUUGUCUCGUGUGAAAAAUACAUCCUCUAGCCAAAACAAUAAUGCCUGCAGUUGGAGUAAAACAUGAAAGUCAAUGUGACAAAAUGCGCAAAGAAAAAAUCACUUGCGUUGCAUUUGUCUUUCAAUGGAAUGAUGAAACAGGCCCGAUCGCUGAUUCACUUUUGAAUAACCUAAUUUCCUGGUUUUCCCACCACCUCCCAGCAUGCCUUUGGAAGUCAUUGUGAGGUGACCCUCAACAUUUAGCAUGUAAGUGCUCUCGACUGCACAACAAACCCUCUGAUUUCUGCAUUAAUGUGUAGCAGCAGGUCAUUGUAGUGUUUGACUUGGUUAAAGUCUGUACCUUUGUGUCAUGACCAUAUGUUUGACCACUGGAGCAGUAUGUUCAGAUGAACGGUGCAUUUUCUUCUUUUAUUUUUGAACCUUCUUUGAUUUCUGUUUAUAACCUGGUGCUGAAUAAAUACAUUUAAAAAGGUGCUACUACUGAGGACUGCAGUCCACUUUUUAGCUUUCUGAUAGCAUAGCCUUCCGGUUGACUGUGGAGCCUGCGUCCCACAUAGGUGCAGUCUCAAAAUGCUUGAGAGCUAGCACCUUAAAUUCACGCAGUUUACAGCAGAACUCAACGCUCAAUGGUGCCAUCUUGAUUUUCCAACGUGCACAAAAAAAACAAGUUACUCUCUGCAUAUAGUGUUUAAUAUACUGAUUUAAGCAUACAGUAUGUUAUUAUUUUACUAUGAUUCAAUCUGCACUAGGAUCUUUUUUCUUUCUUUUCUCUGAGAGAAUGAAACUGGCAAAUGAUAAAUGCAUCUUGUUGGCAGACGCACAGGAUCACAAAUGUACUUCUGCUACUGGAAUUUGGGUUUAAAAAAAAAAGAAAAUAGAACAUGAUUGCUGUGUUGUAAAUUCCUGUCAUCUAUAUGUCCUUAAUCUGUGUGUAUCUAAUUUUGUUGUUAUUGUAGAAUUGGCUGUAAUAUUUUGUUUUAAAAUGGAUUUGAUAUUCCAAUGAAGCGAUUAUGGUUGUCAUAUUAAUUGCUGCUGAUUUUUGAAAUUGUUAUCAAAUGUGUUGGGAAAUAAUGCUUUGUUUAUAUUCAAUCAAUUUCUAGAUUGUGUUAGCUUGUUGGUGUAUUUCACAAAUCUAUCAGGAUAUUCCCUAGACUAUAUGAUUUAUACGGGGUAUUCCAAAAGUUGGCGCAAUGUCAGUAAGAAAGUUUGCUACAAUCUGUAGCAUGUUUAUGAAAGUGUACUCAUACAACCUGUGUUGUAACUGAGAACAUAUAAGGAAUGGUUUCUUUGUUGUUGAUAAAUAUAAAAUGUAAAGUAAAUUGUUUAAUGGAAUCCCCGUUCUUUAAAAAAGCAAAACUGAUGUCCUAUUUUUGGGAACAAUAUGAAUAUUAUUAAUAACAUAUGGUGCUACAGUUCUUUUUGUAUGUUUUGGUUUUUAGAUGAAAAGAGAAAUAUUAUGCUGAAAAUGUAAUGUUAAGCCUUACUGUAGAUUCAUAUAUCAGACUGUUCAUCCCAGAAGAGAAAAAUAAAUAUAGUAUUUGAAAGUG